AUGUCAGAACUGGACAUUCCCGAGACAUACGACGACCUCCCGGACAAGCGACGAUUCUGGCCCGCGGCGCCGGGCUCGCGCGAAGAGGGACUGGGCAUGCUACGGCUGUUGACCCCCGAGGUUGUUGCCAAUGCAGCCCAGACGCAAAUUCGGACGGGCGAGCGCGUGUGUCUGAAUUGGGAUCUCGAGAAGCUGAAUCCCCCUGGCUUCAAGCGCAAACCCUUCGAACACAAGGUCAAGUGGGUAGCGGAAGGUGUUGCCUUUGACGACGAAUAUCACCUCAACCCGCAGCAAUCCUCGCAAUGGGAUGGACUGCGUCACCACAGUCAACCGCCGCCCCCGCUGCCUGCGCCCGGACCGGAGGACAGUAGUAGCACAACCUCGAGCCACAGCACAGACGAACAAGUAUUUUACGGCGGCACCAGGGCGGCCGAGAUCCUCGACCCCAAGUCCGCACGCAUUGGCAUCGGCUACUGGGCGAAGCAGGGGAUUGCGGGCCGCGGGGUGCUGAUUGAUUACUACAGCUGGGCGCGGGAGAAGCGCGGGGUUACGGUCGACGCACUCAGCCGAUACGAGAUUUCGCUGGACGAUGUGCAGGCAAUCGCGCAGGAAUGCGGCAUCGAGUUCCAGCGCGGCGACAUCUUCUUCCUGCGCGUGGGGUUGCCGGCCACGUGGGACAGGAUGACCGAGGCCCAGCAGGCGGCGUACAGCCGGCAGCCGACGCCGCAACAUGCAGGGCUGGAGCAAAGCGAGCGUGUGCUACGUUUCAUCUGGGAUCAUCAUUUUGCAGCGGUGGCGUCGGAUGCAGUCAGCUUCGAGGUCUAUCCGCCGCUGAAGCCAGAGUGGGAUCUCCAUCAUUACCUGUUGGCUGGGUGGGGGUUGCCGAUUGGGGAGAUGUUCGAUCUCGAUGAACUGGCGGAGAUGUGUCGGCGUCUGGGCCGGUGGACAUUCUUCGUAUCAAGUAGCCCGUUAAAUUGCGCGCGGGGUGUGUCGAGCCCGCCAAAUUGUAUGGCGAUUUUCUAA